UAUACUGCAUAUAUUAGUGUAUCAUGUAGACUACACCACUGCAAUUAUCUAACAUUACUGUAUUAUAUGCUGUUGAAUACAUUUGGUUCAGCUGUAAUAAAUUGCAUUUCAAAUAUAUCGACUCCUGUAAUAAUAAUAAUAAUGUUCUGUGAUAUGUAAUCAUCAGGAUGAGCUGAGUGACCUGCAGCAGGAUCUGCUGGAAGUUGAGAAUGCUUCCAGCCUGUUUACAGGUUUACCACACUCAACCCCUCGAAAAACCUGUGCUGCACAUACUGCAGAGUUCAAAGCCCCACUACCUUUGCAGCUCACGAGUCCUGCUCAGACAGCUAAAGGGACAAAGCCAUUGAUUGCCUUGGCACCCAGCUAGACACGUCAAUUGGACACGGCUUCAUCGUCCAUGAUGAUGGCUACCUGUAGGCCAAAAAAAUGUCUAAUCUUUGAUGAAACACACCAAAUUGAUUAUUCCGAAAUGGAUGUCAGUUCAACAUCAGCCUUGGACAUCAGUAUGGCCUCAGAACCUGCCGCUGAUCCUGCUGACUCCAGGUUUCUCCCUGACACAGGCCCGUCCACCUCUACCACAGGAAGCUCAGCAAGCAUUCGUGGACAAUUUAGAGGAUGGAAAGAGAGGAAGUGGCUGGUUAAUGAGUCCAAACUCAUGGAACUAUUCCAAAAAUGCACUUUUUGUGGAGCUGCAAUGUGUGAUGUGAACCAAACUGUGAAAACAUCUGGCAGCAGGAUCAGAGUCACAUGGCAAUGUAACAGUGGACACACUGGAGAUUGGGAAUCAUGCCCAACUGUCCGUGGAAUGGCGGAGAACAACCUGCUAGCAGCAGCAGCAGCAGCAGCAGCAGCAGCAACACUCUUCACUGAUGCUACUUACACAGACAUUGCUGAUUGGGCAGGGCUUUUGAACCUUCAGCUGCCCCAGAAAUCCACCUACUAUAGCAUACAGUCCAGCUACCUGAUUCCAGUUAUCGCAGAAAAUUACAAGCAGCAGGAGGACACUAUAAGAGCAAGACUCAUCUGCCAGACUCUAGAUGGUGAGGAAGUGCAGAUCUGCGGAGAUGGGAGAAGUGAUAGCCCAGGCCAUUCCUGCAAAUACACAACGUAUUCCUUCAUGGAUGACUCCACCAAUCAAAUUGUAUAAUAAUAAUGAUGAUGAUGAUGAUGAUGAUGAUGAUGAUGAUGAUGAUGAUGAUGAUGAUGAUUAUUAUUAAUAAUAAUAAUUCCAAAAGUUCAGUAAUUGUUCUAAAAAGUCUUAUCAGAAAUUUUAUCACAAGUAGGCAGUAACCCUUACUUGUUCCCUCUAGGUGACCCAGGCCAAACGUUCUGUUGCGAUGGAGCCAAUGGGUUUCAAGAAAGGACUGGAAAAGUUCCUAGAUGAAGGGAUCGAUGUAAAGGUUGUCACAACCGACAGACAUCCCUCUAUCAGGAAAAUAAUGAGGGAGGAUUUUCAAAACAGAACACCAGAGGGCUGUUUCACAAAACCUAGAUAGCGGAUUAAGCCGGGAUUUCCCAGUUACCCUGGCUCAAUUUAGCCUUGACUCGGUUUCACAAAAGCAGAUGCACCUAAAUUACCAUGGAGAUUUAUUCUGUGCAAUUAUCUAGUGCUGUAGGCUACUGUACAUUCAUGAAACAACAGGGAGAGGACACCCCAAUGUUUUUUGGGAGAGGACACCACAAUGGUUUUUGACUUUAUAUUUAGCUUGACGGAAAUAACUGAUGAAUAUACUGUUACAUUCAUGUUUACAGUGUGCAUGGAAUUUAUCACUUAAUUAUUUUUUAUAGUUUCUA